AUGUACGCGGGUGUGCUCCUCUUUCUGGCGUGUCCCUUCUUUGCUGCAGCAUGGCUGCCAGGUGAACACAAGCAGAUCUUUGCUCGGUCCGGCGUCGACCUAUUCAAUCGCAGCAGUUUACAUGAACAUGGCCUCAUUGAACGAUCGCUACCCUCAAUCGGGAACACAGUCAAGGUCCGCGGUGUGAAUCUAGGCAGCUACUUCGUUGUCGAAAAUUGGAUGGCAAGCACAGUGUUUUCCAGCUUCGGUUGUGAUUCUCAAUCUGAGUUCGACUGCGUCUCUAGUCUUCAGGAUCAAGCCAAAGCAGACAAGGACUUUCAAGGUCAUUGGGAGUCAUGGUUGACAGCGGACGACUUCAAGAAGAUGGCAAGUUAUGGUCUCAAUACGGUACGGAUACCUGUAGGAUACUGGUUUCUCGAAUCUCUGGUGGACUCGAGCGAGCACUUUCCUCGAGGUGGAGAGAAAUACCUUGAUCAAGCUGUUCAGUGGGCGAAGGAUGCUGGCCUCUAUGUGAUAAUUGAACUUCAUGGAGCGCCCGGCGCUCAAGCUACCGACGUAUUUACUGGUCAGCUAAAUCCUUCACCCGGGUUCUACGACAACUACAACUAUGAUCGUGCAUGCAAGUGGCUCGAAUGGAUGACCAACAAAGCGCAUACACAUCCAGCCUAUAUCAAUACGGUAGGUAUGAUAGGUCUAGUCAAUGAGCCAGUCCGCAUUGGAGAUUCACGGUAUCCAAAUGCUCAAGCCCAGACCGAUUCGAUGCGCAGUCAGUACUAUCCAAGGGCUUGGACAACCAUACGAAACAAGGAGGCCGCCUUGAGUAUCUCGAAAGAUGGUCAAUUACACAUCCAGAUGAUGGAUAAGAAGUGGAACUCGGGUGAUCCGAAUGAGUUCUUGCCCGACAGAACAUUCUGGCAUGCGGCAUAUGAUGACCAUCAGUACGUCAAAUAUACUGAUGCGAAGGUAUCACAUCAAGGGUAUCUUGACCUCUCGUGCAAGGACGAUCGAAGCGGAAACUGGCCUGUGAUUGUUGGCGAGUGGUCCCUAUCGGUCAACAGUGAUGUAGAGCACAACAGUGAUUGGGACCCAAACAACGAUGCGAACAAGGAUUUUUACAGGAAGUGGUUCGCUGCCCAGGUUAUGGCUUAUGAGAAAGGGCAAGCCAUCGGCUGGUGUUUCUGGAGCUGGAGUACGUCUGGACUCAAUGACCCGCGAUGGGAUUAUCAGAAGGGAAUCGACGCUGGAAUCAUCUUGAAGAACAUCGACGAUGCAUACACCAUUGGAGCGUGUUCGUAA